AUCAGGUUACACCUGUUCAGCUCACACUACCUUGGAAACCACUACACUCCAUUUUCCUCAGCUUAAAACACCAUUCCCUCUCAGGGAAAUAAUAUAAUCAAUUCAUGGUUUUUAAAUUGAAUGAGCAACGACCGGAUUUCUUCUUAAUCUUCACAUCUGUGUCAAGAGAAUCUUGCCUUCUUUGGAACCUCAGCCAUGAGUUGGAUGUUCCUCAGAGACCUCUUGAGUGGAGUAAAUACAUACUCCACGGGGAUUGGGCGGAUCUGGCAGGCCGUCCUGUUCAUCUUCCGCUUGCUGAUCUACAUGGUGGCGGCGGAACACGUGUGGAAAGCGGAGCAGAGAGAGUUUGAGUGCAACGUUAGACAGCCCGGCUGUGCAAACGUGUGUUUUGACUACUUCUUCCCCAUCUCCCAGGUCAGACUUUGGGCCUUACAGCUGAUCAUGGUCUCCACGCCGUCACUGCUGGUGGUUCUACACGUAGCCUAUCGCAAAGGCAGGGAGAAAAAGCACAGGAGGAAACUCUGCAUCAGCCCAGGCACCGUGGGUGGGGGCCUGUGGUGCACCUACCUGAUCAGCCUCGUGGUCAAAACGGGCCUUGAAAUUGGCUUCCUGGUUUUAUUCUACAAGCUGUAUGGCGGCUUCCGUGUCCCCCGCCUUUUGAAGUGCGAUCUGAGGCCCUGCCCCAGUACUGUGGACUGCUUCGUCUCCAAACCCACGGAGAAGACCAUCUUCACUCUCUUCCUGGUCGGGACUUCAUGCCUGUGCGUUGUGUUGAAUGUCACUGAACUGAGCUUUUUGGUCCUCAAGUGUUUCAUUAAGUGCUGCCUCCAAAAACACUCUACAAGACUGCAGUCCUCCGCGUGUGAGCGCCACGAGCUCAGGCAUGUCGCAGGCGCUGGGACAGGGGCCCCGGCCCUGCUCCAGAGACACUCCCCGGACUCGGCCACCAGCACAGCCCAGGGAGGAGAAACCACGCUCCUCUGUGGACACACGACACGUGACCAAGGCAAAGCCUGCGUCUCCCUCAUGCAAGACCUAGGCUUCCUUGGAAAACAAAGUGUGUCCACUCGAAUGUCAUUUGGGAGGAAUUCUUAAAGAGUUUCAUGCUCAGUUGUAUAUACUAGACAGAGGUCUCAUUGUUUGGUUGUAGGGUUCAUGAGGCCACGUGAGUUGUGUUUGAAUAGUUAACUGCAAAUUAGUGUGAAGAAAUCCAGCAACAUUCUUCUCAGCGCUUAGAUCUAUCAACUAGAAACAAAAGUGACACUUCUGCCCAAAGUGACGGCCUCCAAGAACCGCGGAGGCCCCGGGCACUCAGCCUUGCCCAGUCUCUGCAGAAAGGCUGUGAUAAGCGGGCAGCAGCAGAUGAGCCAGGAGCCCACAGGAGCACAUUCGGUGAGAAGGCUCAGCCCGAGCGAACCGCCACAGGGUCCAGGACACUUUGGAGUGUAGGCAUCUCUGGACAGAAGUGGACUCGGGGAAAGGGGAGGAGAAGGCGAUGGCACCCACUCCAGUACUCUUGCCUGGAGAAUCCCAUGGACGGAGGAGCCUGGCCGGCUGCAGCCCAUGGGGUUGCUAAAAGUCGGACACGACUGAGUGACUUCACUUUCACUUUUCACUUUCAUGCAUUGGAGAAGGAAAUGGCAACCCACUCGUGUUCCUGCCUGGAGACUCCCAGGGACGGGGGAGCCUGGAGGGCUGCCGUCUGUGGGGUCGCACAGAGUCGGACACGGCUGAAGCGACUU